AUGUCGAACAACGCAGACCUGACCCUCGAUGAGGUCUUCAAUGUCAAAGGCAAAGUGGCACUUGUCACUGGAGGUGGCAGCGGGAUUGGUUUGAUGAUCACCCAAGCCCUCGCUGUCAACGGAGCCAAGGUCUACAUCGUUGGCCGCACCAAGGAGAAGCUCGACACGGUCGUCAAGGCACACGGCCAAAACAUUGCUGGCGAGAUCAUCCCAAUCGUUGGCGAUGUGAGCAAGAAGGAGGGCGUCGAGGCUCUCGUCAAGGAAAUCGAGUCAAAGGAGAAAUGCCUCUGCAUCCUCGUGAACAAUGCGGGUAUCGCUUUCGGAAAGACGACUGUCGACGGCGCCAACGCCGAAGAGCUCCGUGAUAAUCUCUUCGGCCCUACAUCCGUCGAGGAGUGGACCGAGACCUACGCCACCAACGUUGUAGGCCCCUUCCUUAUGUCCACCGCCUUCCUCCCUCUCCUCCAGAAAGCCACCGAGCACCAAAAGGGCUACUCGGGAACAAUUAUCAACAUCAGCUCCAUCUCCGGCCUCGUCCGCAUCAGCCAGGGCCACUUCUCAUACAACGCAUCGAAGGCCGCCACGGUACACCUGAACAAGAUGCUGGCUAGCGAGGUGGCCAAAACAGGUCUUAAGAUCCGCAUCAACUCCAUUGCACCCGGCGUGUUCCCAUCGGAGAUGACGACGCAGGAGAGCAGCGACGAGACGCAGAAGAGUGAGAUGCCCAAGGAGAAGAAGGAAAGUCUGCCGGCUGGGCGACCGGGCAAUGAUAGGGAUAUGGCGGCUGCAGUGCUCUUCUGUGCUAGCUGUCAGUAUCUGAAUGGUCAGACCAUCCCGGUCGAUGGAGGCUACCUGAUCCAGGUUGGCACUUAG